GUGCAGGAUUUGAGAUUCUAUUCUCCCUGUGCCUUGUUUGCAGCUGCAAAUAACCUUUUCUGCUUCUCCACCCCGUUGUGAUUAUUGGGUGACACACACCGGGUAACGAACCCCUGCUGUUGUUUUGCCUCUCGGCACUGGGUGCCGGCAACACCAUGGAGAUCAGCUUGUCCUACAUCUGGGGUAAAUGCCGAAUAAGAAGUUCCUAAAUGUUUAAGAUGCUUAGAUGCUGUUCUGGGGAUGCUACAGAAGGAGAGAGAGAGAGCGCCUUGGAGAUGAAAACCACUAGGUAAGUCCCUAAAGCACUUAUUAGAGCUGUUUGGAAAAUGGGCUUUUUUCCCAUAGAAAAUUUCAUUAAAACAAAAAGGUCAUAUACAUCAUAAUUUUCAGUGGGAAAUUCCUAAUUUUCUUCAAAAAAACUGAAAAAUUUUCAGUUUUAUGGACAUAAAUGUUUUUUUCAGGCUGUUCAGCUUUCCUAUGAAACAUCAACCAAUUUGGAGGAAAGCUGGAGCUUCCUCGUAACAUUUUUGUUUAGUCAAAAACCAGAUUUUCCUGAUGAAAAGUUUUGAUCAGAAAAUGUCCAGCCAGCCCUCAUUACUUUUGUGGCAGUUCCCUCUAGACAAAGAGGAAAAGGAAGUGUCUCAUUUCAUUCUGUAGUGCCCCUAGUGGCCAAAGGGCAAUGUUGGUGGGCUCCUACGGGGAGCCCCAUGUGUUCUGAGCCAGAAGGGAUGGUGAUUAGGGUGGGGAAAAGGCACAAGAGGGACUCUGAGGGGGAUGAAGAAAAAACAUCCAAAGGGGAAGAGGACUUUGGAGUCCUGCAAUAAAACAAGGCAGAGAGACAGGGAGGAGCUAAGCAUAACAGGCAGGGCAGGAUUCAAAGUCUGAUGCUAUUAAAAUCCCUUUUGCAUGAGCCUGUGAGAAUUUCCCGAUGACUCUGGGAGUUGCCCACAGCUGGAAGGAGGACAGUAGCUGCAGCGAAAACAGACAUCUUCGCCAUCAUGGCAGCACCAGGAAGCAUGGCCGAUGGGGUGAUUGUGUUCAUGCCCCCAAACAGCGCUGGUGUCAUCCACCAAGGCCAGGGGGUCUCUGGUGCCAUUUCCCAGACUCCUGGGAUGGUGCAAUGUGGGCCUCAGCAGUUCACAGUCAUGAACCCUGGGAACCAACCUCUUGGGUCAACGUACCCCAGGUGUCCCGCUGAACAGAUCGCACAGCUAAGGACCGUAGGGAUGAUGGAGAUAUUCCUCAAAGCACAGCCCAAGACCCUAGGGGCCAUCCAGAUCUUGAUUGGGCUGAUACACAUCGGCUUUGGAGGUGUCUCUACAAUUUUCAUUAAAUACAUUGCUGUCUCUGGCAUCGUGGGGUACCCGUUCUGCGAAGGAAUUUUUUUCAUCAUUUCUGGAUCCCUCUCGGUUGUAGCUGAGAAUCGUGGCAACAUCUGUCUGGUGAAAAGCAGCCGGGGAAUGAACAACACUAGUGCCAUCUUCUCAUCCAUUGGGAUAAUUCUCUUCCUAACGGAGCUGAUUUUGAAUACGUCACAUGACCACAAGGAUGAGGAAUAUCGUUGGUUGAGUGCUGGGAAGGGGAUCACGGGCAUGCUGCUCUUGUUGUCCAUCCUGGAGUUCUCCAUUGCUGUCUCAACCUCGUACUUUGCAACCCAAGCCAUCCGCUAUACCCCCAACACCGCCAUUUUGUUCAGGCCAUCUGCUGCCAAUGAAAACGUUGGGGUUCCCUCCACACCAGUGGCCCCUCCACCACCUUACACCAAUGAGGCUUAUGACUCCAAAGAAGAGACCUAACAAUGGGCCUCAUAAGGAACUCCUAUGAGAGAUGGCUCCAGCAGCAGCUCCUCUGAGAAGUAAAACCCAACCCUGUCCUGCAUGAUAGAUCUCAUUCCAUUUUCUGAGGGGAGUUCUAGUACCCAGCUCCAUUGUUCGUCUCACAGGGAACUCAUCCCACCUGCCGCACCAUUUGUAGUUCACGGUACACAGAAUGAAAUAAGGUGAUGACUCACCAGCACUGUUCAGCCCCCCAGAGGCUU